AUGGCAGGACAGGCCGUGAAGGGCCCCCACCUGGCCCACAAGGUUUCAGAGCAGCUAUACGUGUCAACCCCCACAUGGUGGCUGGAGAGCCGGUUUCACUUCAGCUUCGCCGAGUACCACGACGUGCGCAACACGAACUUCGGCGCGCUGCGCGUCGUGAACGACGACCUCGUCAAGGCCGGGGGGGGGUUCCCUACACACCCCCACCGCGACGCGGAGAUCUUCAGCUACGUCGUGGACGGCGAGCUGAGCCACAAGGACUCGAUGGGCAACGGGGAGGCGGUGCGGCGCGGCUGCGUGCAGUACAUGAGCGCCGGGACCGGCGUCCGCCACAGCGAGUACAACCACGGCGACAGCACGCUGCGCUUCCUGCAGGUGUGGCUGAUGCCGGACAAGCGGGGCCACACGCCCAAGUACGGCUCCACGGAGUUCGAGCGCUCGGAGCGGCACAACCGCUGGCUGCAGAUCCUCGGCGGGACCACCGCGCCGCCCGACUGGCAGCAAAACUCCCCCGGAGACAAGCUGAUUCGGCUGCACCAGGACGUAAACGUCUUCGUCACGGAGAGCGACCCUGGGGCCAAGCUGCGCUUCUCGCUCGCGCCGGCGCGGCAGGCGUACGUGGUGGCGAUCGAGGGGAGCGCGGAGCUGCGGUCGGGCGCGGGCGAGGCGGAGGAGGUGGCGACGAUGGGCGAGCGCGACGCAAUGCAGCUGGUGCGGGGGAGAGAUGUGCCGUCCGGGGAGGUGACGCUCGCCGCGGGCCCGCGCGGCGUGCACGCGAUGGUGAUCGAGAUGCGGCAGGCGCGCUGA